AUGACCGUCACCCCGUCAUCCUAUAAUACCAAACUCCCUUCUGCUAUUCCAUUACGUUUCCAUUCAAAGCUUUUUCCUUCUGUACGUGGAUAUGUUCGACGCUCUCGCUCUUUCCCCCAUGGCUUUACAGGACAGUUAGAAGACUUAGAAACCGAUGAGACAGAGUCACAAUUGACGUUAGGUUUCGACGGUUUUCCGGCUGGUUUUGAUUGUUCUCUGGAGAAUUUUGAAGGUUUUUCUGAGAGUCGGUUAUGUGUUCCGGGGGACCCAUUAGACGAACUGGAGUGGUUUCCUAGUUUUACCGACGAUUCCAUCUCGUUAAACGGUUUUUUACCCGUUCCGGAGCCUAAGAAUAUUUUUCCGACGACCCCUGAACAGAAAAUAGAAGAAAAUAAUAGGUUUUCGUCGAGAGACGAUGUUGGGCUGUUGAGAAAUACUAUACCCAGUAAGAAGGCCAGGAGUAAGAGAGUAUGUAGACGUGUUUGGGCACAGAAUGUCCUGCCGUUCUCAGUGCCUGAAAGUCGGGUUCCGGCGAAGUGUAAGCAUGAGAAGUAUUACGCAACAAGGAGAAAUUGCACUCACUGUAGAACAGAAAAAACGCCCCAAUGGAGAAUGGGACCUAAGGGGCCGAAAACACUGUGCAAUGCAUGUGGGGUUCGUUAUAAGUCGGGGAGAUUGUUGCCGGAAUAUCGGCCAGCAGCUAGUCCGAGUUUUAACAAUAUGAUGUACUCCAAUAGUCAUAAGAAGAUAAUGAAAAUGAGAAGAAUGAGAAAAAGAUAG